AUGUCUAGACAAUGGAUUUUGGCUGGCCAAGAAGGCUUUGAGACUUCACUGGAAUACCAGAACAAUGUCAGCGUACCUUCGCAAAGCGAAUUAGGCCCCAACGAUGUCCUAGUCAGGUUGCAUGCCGCAAGCCUCAACUAUCGUGAGCUGAUGAUCGCCCAGCCAGGUAGUAUCAACGGACCUAUAACACCACCGGUCGUCCCUGGAUGUGACGGUGCCGGCGUCGUAGAGGCAGUGGGCUCAGCCGUUCAAGGGUUCCAUCCUGGUGACCACGUAGUGACGCACGUGGGACCGCAGUUUGUCGCGGCCAACGGCGACGAUGCUUUACCUGGCAUUGCAGAUGCCGUUGUUAUGCUGGGACAAGGAGAUGAUGGGACCCUGCGAUCCAAGGGUGUAUUUUCUGACAAGGCCCUUGUGCAUGCUCCCAAAUCUCUGUCGUGGUUACCGGCAGCAACCUUGACAUGUACCUGGACGUCUGCGUGGAACGCGCUGUUUGGCGUACAGGGCAAGGAACCAGGUCCCGGUAAGUGGGUUCUUAUCCAAGGCACCGGUGGCGUGAGUAUCGCGGCACUACAGCUUGCUGUAGCUACUGGUGCAACUGUCGUUGCUACAACUUCGACACAGGAUCGUGCGCUUCGACUUAAGGAGUACGGCGCUGCCCACACGGUCAGUUACGUGGAACAGCCUCAAGACUGGGGCAAAAUAGCUCGUGCCUUGACUCCAAACGCGCGCGGUUUUGACAUUGUCGUCGAUGUUGGAGGCAACCAGACACUGCCUCAGUCAUUAACAGCAGUGCGAGUGGAUGGUGUCGUUGUAUUGGCUGGAGGAGUCGGCCCAGCCACCGAUCCGGCACCUUUGUUUCUGGCUUUCAUGCAUACCUGUAUAGUCCGCGGGAUUUUGGCAUCAAGCAGAAGCCAGUUCCGAGAACUAGUACGCUUUGUCGAUGAAAAGAAGAUAGUUCCGGCGGUGGACGACGUGGUGUUUGAGCUAGCAGAAGCUAAGGAUGCAUACAGACGGCUGCAGGAGAAGAAACAUUUCGCUAAGGUGGUUAUUAGGAUUGAUCACUAA